CGUACGUUCUCAGAGAGAGACGCCGUCGCAUGCCGUCCGCACCACAGCUCCUCUUUCUCUUUUCCUUCGUCUCCACUUUCGCCGUUCUCUAUCUCGGCACUUCAGCCCUUGGCUCCUACCUCAGGUCAAACGGCUGGGACAUCAACGAUCUCAUCCUCAUCGGUCUCCAGAAAAAGGACUUUACCACGGAAUCUCCUCCAAAGAUGCUUUCCUUCACGGACGUCAUCAACACUAUCAAGGCAGACCAGAGUGCUCAAGCUGCUGCUGCCGUUGGCCUUCUUACAAUUGUCUUUAUCCUCUCUAAGCUCCUCAAAUCAAAAAAGAAGCCAGUUUUAAAUCCUCAAGAGUGGAAGGAAUUUCCGUUGGUUGCUAAGUUCACCGUAUCACCGAAUACAGCAUUGUAUCGUUUCGGUUUGCCUUCGCCUGACGAUGUUCUAGGGCUCCCCAUUGGUCAGCAUAUCUCUGUGCAGGCUGAGAUAAAUGGAAAGAACAUCAUGCGUUCGUAUACACCAACCAGCAGUGACGAUGACGUUGGACAUUUCGACCUCCUUGUUAAGUCCUACGAGAAGGGAAACAUUUCCAAGUAUCUUUCUUUGAUAAAAAUCGGUGAUAAUGUCCGUGUCAGAGGACCAAAGGGUCAAUUCAAGUACCACCCGACCCUAACUCGCGAAAUCGGUAUGAUUGCUGGAGGAACGGGUAUCACGCCUAUGCUUCAAAUUAUCCGAGCAGCGCUCAAGAACCCGAACGACCGUACGAAGAUUUCACUCAUUUACGCGAACGUCAACGUGGAGGAUAUUCUGCUGCGUACGGAGCUGGAUGAAUUGGCUGAGAAACACAAUGAUCGUUUCAAGGUGUACUAUGUCCUUAACAACCCUCCUCCGAACUGGAAGGGUGGUGUUGGCUUCGUGACUAAAGACCAGAUUGAGCGUCACCUUCCGCCGAGCAGCCAUGAUAUCAAGGUUCUCCUCUGCGGACCCCCGCCGAUGAUUACUGCAAUGAAGAAACACCUAGACGAUCUGAAGUACCCGGCACCCAGGACUGUCAGCAAGCUUGAGGAUCAGGUCUUCCUGUUCUGAGGAUGCCGUAGUCAUCUUUCAACAACACUUAUUUUGCUAGAAAACGUAGAUCGGAUCUCUUUGGUAUUUAGAUG